AUGUCGCAACCGCCCCAACAAGGUUUUGUGCCUGAAAAAGUUCAGGAAUUCAAUCGAAGAGCUUCUCAAGAAAUGUCAGAAGCUAUUGCUCAUCACAAAAUGAGAACUCAAGAUACUCCGAAGAAAGAGGCUCUGCAAACCCAGAAUGGCACUGAAAAGCCCCAAACGUCUGAUAAACCACUUAAAGAUGAAAAGCCUAAGGUUGAAACUGGUUAUACAAGACAGCACAUGGACAGCAAGAACCCAUUUUCUCCCCACUUUUACCGAAGCAGCAGCAGACCACAUGGUCACUUCGAAAUGGGUCCUCGAGGCCUUGACUACUCACCCCAUCGCGUGGGAUUAGACUUCUCUAAUAGACUGCGUGAUUACGGGCCGCAACGCUCUACUUCUAUUCAUGGGCAUGAGCUCACUGAUGCACCAAUGAAGCCCGAGUAUCUUGGUCAUAGAAGCCACUUUGGCAGUCAGAUCGUACCUGGUGGGAUCAACCAUCCCGAUGUGGUCUUCAGGCACGAUUAUUACACUCAAAUGGGAUUCUCUCCUCCAAGAGCAUCUCGGUUCUCCUCUCAGGAGUACUUGAAUGCUCCAGCUCAGUAUGGAAGGUGGCCUGACUACAGGGCGGAGUAUAGGCAGCGUCGGCGUUCACAACAGGACCUGCCGUCUCUCGGACACAGUCCUGAAUCAGGUAUUUAUUACUUCUGUAAUUGUCUCUAG